GCCAAAUGUGAAUUCAUGAAUCCGGGCGGUUCGCAAAAAGACCGAAUAGCCGUCCGUAUGGUCGCAGAUGCCGAACGUGAUGGUCGACUACGUCCCGGAGCUACUAUUGUUGAGCCCAGUAGUGGUAAUACUGGUAUAGCGUUGGCAAUGGUUGCCGCUGUUCGCGGCUAUAAACUGAUUGUCUGUAUGCCCGAUAGGAUGUCCGCCGAAAAGUCUACUAUUAUGCAGGCAUUGGGCGCCCGUAUUGUACGAACACCGUCGGGAGUGCCGUACGAUUCGCCUGAAUCGCAUUUCGAAAUGGCCCGAAAAAUUUGCGACCAAAUUGACAACGCCGUACUAUUGGACCAGUACGGUAACUCUAGUAACCCGAAUGCCCACUACGACACUACCGCACGGGAAAUACUCGACCAAACCGAUCGUCGACUAGACAUGAUUGUUGUCGGUGUCGGAACUGGCGGUUCAAUUACCGGAAUUGCUAGACGUGUCAAACAAGUACUACCCGACUGUCAGAUUGUCGGUGUAGACCCGUAUGGUUCAAUGGUUGCCGAACCCGACGAAUUGAACCGUACAUCGGUUACUGGCUAUGAAAUUGAAGGUAUUGGUCAUGAUUUUGUUACCGACGUACUCGAUCGUCGACUGGUCGACCAGUGGUACAAAUCGGAUGAUCGGUCAUCGAUGGAAAUGUCCCGUCGAUUGAUUGCCGCCGAAGGUCUACUGUGUGGCGGUUCAUCGGGUGCUGUGGUGUCGGCAGCCAUGUCGGUGGCCAAACAGCUGGAUAGCGAUCAACGGUGUGUUUGUCUGCUGGCCGACGGUGUGGCCAACUAUAUGACAAAAUUCAUGGACAACCAGUGGAUGCGUGACCGCAAUUACAGUGUCGUCAGCGCUGGUAUUACUACCGAUUUGUAA